AUGUCAUUGAGAACUUUGGGCUUGAACUCCUCCCUCAAGGGCCUCCUUGCCAAAUCGGCUGAAAACGUGAAAACCGUCGAAACGGUGUUGAAUUUCCGCAAGCACCCACAAGAGCUGUUGGAAAAGGUCAUCACUCGAUGCGACCAGGAGAUGGGUGGCUCUUCCACCGUCAACUUUGACAUUGACCCACAAGAAGGUGCUGGACACUUUCAUGGGUACUUGAACUUAGAUUUGCCAAAAAACAACCCGGAAAUCACAAGGUCUGGCUAUGCCAUGUUCCGCACAAAGGACCAGAAGGAGUCAUGGUUUUCCGGUGACUCGUACUGGGACUGGUCCCAGUUCAGCUCGUUGGUGUUGCGUGUCAAGGGAGACCGGAGGAAAUACUUGGUGAAUAUUCAGGCCAACACUCCUUUGGUGACUGACUUGUUCCAGCACAGGCUCUUCUUGCACCACCCUGGCGACUGGGAGACUGUUGUGAUUCCAUUGAACGACUUUGUCAUGACCAAUUGGGGCAUAAUUCAGGACGGUUCUGAGCUCAACAAGUCUGAAGUGAAGACUGUAGGCAUUGGUUUGUUGGACAAGCAGUAUGGACCUUACAGCUUGAAGAUCGACUGGAUCAAGGUGAUGACGGGCGCAGAGGUUGAAAAGGUCACUGACAUGUCUCGUGCUGAGAGAUUGGCACUUGACCAGCACAACAGAGAAGAAAACCGCAGAGAUAUGGAGACAAACAUGCCUACGGGCAAUGGCGGGAGCGCUCUCAACACACACAAAUUUGAAGAGCCAAAGAACACCGUGAUUUAA